AUGGAUGAGGAAUUCCUCAAGCACUAUCAGUACAACACUGAUAUGGAACCUAAUCGCACGCAGUUGCAAAAUUUGACUCAGAGGUCUGAGGAGUCCUUCAAAGAGUAUGCCCAGCGGUGGAGGGAAUUAGCUGUUAGGGUACAACCCCCAUUGCUAGAAAGAGAACUGGUAGACAUGUUUAUGGGAAACUUGCAAGGUCCAUACCUUGAUAGAAUGGUAGGGAGCACCUCUUCAGGCUUUUCUGACCUGGUCUUAGCCGGUGAAAGGAUAGAAAAUAUGAUUAAAAUGGGAAAGAUCCAGAACUCUGCCAGUACUUCUAGUGCAUCGAAGAAACCUUUUGUUCCCUAUGGUAAAAAACGAGAAGGCGAGACCAAUGCUGCCUCCAUCAUUCGAACAAGAAAUCCCACUUAUCCACAAGUAGCUGCCAUAGCUCCCGUCCAACCAAGUCAACAACAACCAUUUGCAAUUCUUAUUCAAACUCAACAACAACAACGGGAGUUAGGACCCCCACCAGCGGUUCUUCCUCCCGGUUAUGAUGCAAAUGCCCGCUGUGAAUUUCAUUCUGGCGCUCCUGGGCAUUCGAUCGAGAAUUGUAAAGCAUUAAAGUACAAGGUUCAAGAUCUUAUUGACUCUAAGGCAAUCACGUUCGCCCCCAAGAGGCCGAAUGUGAAUAAUAACCCGAUGCCCCCUCAUAACAAUGCAUCGGUGAAUAUGAUGGAAGCUGACAAUGGAAGGAAAUUGACGUCUUGUGUGGACGAGUUAAAAACACCACUCAUCGAGAUCAAGAAUGCUUUAAUGAAGAAUAAUGUCUUUCCCAUCUGUGGUAAUUACUGUGAACACUGUCUGAUUAACCCGCAACAAUGUGGAACAUUGAAGUCUGUCAUACAACAAUUAAUGAACCAAGGGAUCUUGGUGGUAGACUGUCCGUCCACAAAGGAAGAUGUGUCUACCCUCGAGAUACCAUACGAUGAAGUCCCUUCUCUGCAAAUUCCAUAUGACUUCUCUCAGUUAACUCUAUCGACAAAUCCUGUCACUCCAAUCGUAAUAACAGUUCCCACGCCAUUCCCAUAUGUUGACACCAAGGCAGUCCCAUGGAUGUAUGACACCUCAGUCUACAUUCAUGGUCAGAAGGUGCAAGAAGAACCGUUGAAGUCUAGUGACCCAAUGAUCAAUAUCACCGGCACUAGUGGAGUCACGAGAAGUGGAAGGAUAUUUGCGUCGACACCCACUCCAAUUAGAACUAUCAAUCCUUCAACUUCAGAUAAAGGCAAACAAAUUGAUGGCGCUCAGCAAAGACAAGACCCCGCACCUUCAAGUGAAGUAGACGAGUUCUUACGCAUCAUCAAGAAGAGUGAUUAUCGAGUAGUUGAUCAGCUUAACCAGACACCCUCGAAGAUCUCAAUGUUGUCUCUAUUGAUGUGCUCGGAGGCCCAUAGGGAGGCUUUGGUAAAGUUUCUGAGGAUAGCUCACGUACCACAAGAGAUAUUUGUUUGUCAGUUUGGAGGAGUAGUUAACAAUAUCGCUACUAGCUUAAGCUUAGGUUUCAGUGAUGAAGAGUUUCCCGCCGAGGGGAGGAAUCAUAACAAGGCUCUCCAUAUUUCCAUUGAGUGUAUGGACACAAUCCUAUCAAGAGUUUUGGUAGACACUGGGUCUUCCCUCAAUGUAAUGCCUAAGAGCUCCUUUGCUAAACUAACUAUUGAAGGACUCGUAAUGAAGCCGAGUGAGCUUAUAGUAAGAGCAUUUGAUGGGACUAGAAGGACUGUAAUCGCAAGGGGUGAAUCAAAAGAUGCCGAAUCUCCCAUGGCAUCUCUUAAAGACGCCCUGACAAUCAUAAAGGAUGGACACCCCCAAGGAUGGGGAAGAUUGCUUGAACUCCCUGCCAACAAGGACCGCACUGGUUUGGGAUACAACUCCCAGAAUUUGAAGAAGCCCGCGCCGAUAGCUACAAGGGGAUCAGUGAUCCCGCUGUCCGAUAACUUCUCAAGUGCUGGUUACCUGGAUGACAACCGUAUUUGUGCCAUGGAAGAAGAAGAAUAA